AAGGGAAAAGUUCGUUCCGGCAUGAGUGAAAACGUAAAACGUGAUUAAAAACCCCAACCAAACGCUCGUAGCCGGUGAAAGCGCACACAUCCGGAAGAAAAGAUGGCCUUACUACCGCCGGAUCCAGUUUUUUGUCUAAAACCGCCGGAAACUACGUCCUACUAUUCACUUUGUUUCCGGACACCCGAACACCUGUACGCCGGUACGGCGAAGGGCACGGUUCAGCUGUGGGAAUUGCAGACCAACCGAACCUCAUACCAGCUGACCGUGGGGAAGAGCUCCGUGCUCAACCUUGCGCACACCACCGAAGAUGCCUUGCUUACUCAGGAAAAGGACGGCAGCGUGAAGCUGUGGGCCCUGGCCGACAGUGACUACGUGCUGCGUCACGAGAUUUCCACCGAACACGUCGGCUUUUGCCGGAUGGCGCACGACGCUAAAACCAACACUGUGAUAGUAGCCCGCGAAAGGUCCGCCAUCAGCGUGCUGUGUGCCAAAACGUUUAGCGAAACGAUGCGCUUCAAGCCGACGGCCGAGCUGGAGCAGACCGUCCCCUUCGGUAACAUCAUGUGCUUCCAACCGAUCGAACUCCAGAGCCAGCGGUAUCUGCUAGCUGGCUACGAAUCGGGUGCCCUCGCUCUGUGGGACUACCGUACCGGGCGAUCGGUCGGUGAGACGGCACGCUUCGUCACGGCCGAUGCCGAUUGUCUGCUGACGCUAGACUACGAUCCCGUUACCAAUCGUGGCAUAUGCGGUGGUUCCAGCGAUAAACUGUCGCUGUUUGCCAUCGACCGCAAGACGCAACAGGUGGCCGGCAAAUCCGAGAUCCCGCUGAAGAAUGCCGGUGUGCAUCGGGUGCGCAUCCGCAAGGAUCUGAAAGUGUUCGCCAGUGCCGGAUGGGACGGACGGAUUCGAAUCUUCUCGUGGAAAAGCCUUCGGCCACUGGCCGUACUUACCGAGCACCGGGGCGAACUGCUCGACAUUGCGUAUUCGCAAGGAGUCGUGACGAUGUGGAAUGCACCGGUGAUGGCAGCCGCAGGCACUGAUGGACAGAUAUCGUUAUGGGAUCUUUACAAAUGAAUCCCAUUCUCUUUGACGGGGACACGAAGCUCAUGGGCCUUUGUUUUGCUUUUCAUUUUUUCUCUUUAUUUGUUGCUUUAAGUUUGGUACCGCGUAUUGAGCGCCUAUCUGUUGCCAAUCAUGUUGCAGGCUGUAUGCACAACGGCUGCUGCUGCUGCUGCUGCUGCUGCUGCUGCUGCUGCUGCUGCUGGUGGUUAUACACCGAAUACCCUACUGGUUAAUCGUUUUGAUAAUAAAACCAACUAAUCGCUAAGCGCCACCCUUAUUCCGGCGCUCUAAAGG